AAUGCAAGAAAAGAAGGCAUUAAGGAAGAGCAUGGUGGGGACGUGUCCAGCCAUCACUUUAAUUGAAGGAAGCGAGGAUGAGAGAGUGACAUCACCAAUCAUUCUAAGAUACUCAAAAACAACUCUCAAUAAUCUUUUCUCUCAGAUUUUCAAAUCCUCAAAUCUCACUCCCACUUUCAUGCUUCUAUUCUCUUUCUCUUACCAAAAUUAUCGCUCCAAUCUGCAUUCUACAUUCCCAAUUCCUGCAUAAUGGGUAAAGGUGCCGGUUGUAUUCCCAGCAAGAACAGGCCACCGCCGGUCGCCGACGACCCUCCUACUCACUCCGCCCAACCUCCCUCGCUCCCGCCCAACGCCCCCGCUAGUGAACCCGACGCGCCACCACGGCAAGACACUGCAAAUUCUUCGUCGGUCCCCAACGAUGCGAAAUUGAAGAUCUUCAUCGUCUUCUAUUCGAUGUACGGACACGUGGAGGGGUUGGCGAAGAGGUUGAAGCGAGGCGUCGAUGGCGUGGAAGGUGUGGAAGGGGUUUUGUAUAGGGUUCCGGAGACAUUGCCGAUUGAGGUUCUGAAUCAGAUGCGGGCGCCGCCAAAAGACGACUCCAUACCGGAGAUUGCGCCUGAGGAUUUGGAGGCGGCGGAUGGGUUUCUGUUUGGGUUUCCGACGAGGUACGGCGCCAUGGCUUCGCAGAUGAAGGCUUUUUUUGACUCCACUGGGAAUUUGUGGAAGGGGCAGAAGCUUGCGGGGAAACCCGCAGGGUUCUUUGUCAGCACUGGGACUCAAGGAGGAGGCCAAGAAACUACUGCUUGGACGGCAAUCACUCAGCUGGCACAUCAUGGAAUGCUUUUUGUUCCGAUUGGAUAUACAUUUGGACCCGGAAUGUUCAAGAUGGAUUUCAUUAGAGGGGGUUCUCCAUAUGGUGCUGGAGUGUUUGCCGGUGAUGGUACAAGAGAGCCAAGUGAAACAGAGCUCGCUCUUGCAGAGCAUCAGGGCAAGUAUAUGGCUGUUGUAGUGAAGAGGCUGGCCAAGUCAUGAUGGCGUUUUCAUGAUUUCAUUCUAUUCUUGUUGGUCAUUUGUAUUUUGUGACCUUUCUUUGUAGUCAAAUUGGUUCUGGCAUUUUUACCACUGUAUUGUGAGGAGGAAUGGCAGCACUGUUCCACUAUUGAUUCUAUUUGGAUUGGGGAUUCCCAUGUUGUUCUGGGUCUGCAUUGUUUGUGGAAGCUGUAGAUGUUGAUAGAGUUACGUCACAUAAUAUUGUGAAUUUGUGUAUCUUCUAUUUUUCAAUUCUUUCUGUGUGCCUUUAUACAUGAAUGUGUAUUAUGACUUGGAUAAUAAAAUUCUUAUAAACUCGGGAUCAUGA